AUGGCUGCGCCGCACUACUACUGGCCGCGCGCCCUCGCGCCGGCGGCCGGGGCCCGCAGCUACUCCCGCGCCGCCGUCUCUCGCGCCGCGGGGCGGGGGCGCGCAGGCCGCCGCCCGAGGUCUCCUCUUUCCUUAGUAUCCCGACAUAAACGGCGCGCGCGCACGGGACACAAGCGCCGCGCGCUCCGGGCCAUGGCAGACCACGUACUUUGGUUGGUGGCUGCUUUGGCGUCGAUUAGUGUAGUGAAUCCGCAACAAGAUGGAUGGAACAGCCCGUGGUCCGACUGGAUGUCGCAGAACGAAUACGAUCCGCCCGUAGAUGAGAACACAUACUAUCGCGGCUUGUCGAGGAGGCCGGACUUGCCCGUAUCGCCGCCGCCGUCGCUCCCCCCAGAACCACAACCGCCACAACGUCAACCUCCGAGUUUUGGCCAAAACUUUGCUGUCUACGAUCCCGAAACAAGAAGGCGGACAACGGCAUUUGAUCGCAACUGCACGGCACCCGGUUGCUGUGUGCCAAAAUGCUUCGCCGAGAAGGGUAACCGAGGAUUUCCUGGCUCACCUGGACCUCAAGGACUGCAAGGUCUUCCCGGACAUGAAGGACCAGAAGGACCGCAAGGUCCGAAAGGACAGAAAGGUCACGUGGGCCCACAAGGUCCAAGAGGACCAAAAGGAGAACGGGGAAAACCAGGAGCACAAGGUUUUAUCGGAUUGACGGGUCCCCCAGGCCCGCAAGGUGAACCCGGGUUUCCUGGAAUGCCUGGUAGAGAUGGAUGUAAUGGCACGGAUGGAGAACCUGGAUUAAUGGGACCUAAAGGGCCACAAGGUCCUCGUGGUAUUCCUGGUUCAAAAGGAGACAAAGGUGAUAAAGGAGAAGCAGCUCAUAUUGGACGGUUUUCAAAGGGACAAAAAGGAGAACCAGGGGCUGAUGGUAUGCAAGGCCCUCAGGGUCCUGUUGGUCCAACGGGUCCUGCAGGGUUACCUGGUCCUAAAGGAAAUACUGGACCGUUGGGCCCCUUCGGGCCUAAAGGCGACAAGGGUGCCAAAGGAUCGGCAGGGCAAUCAAUUCCAGGAGAUAAAGGAGAUAGAGGAGACAGGGGUGAUCGAGGGCCAGCUUGUCCAGGAAUUACAUUACCUUCUACAGACAGCAAGGGUGCUAUCAAAGGAGUCCAAGGGGAUAUGGGACCAAAAGGAGAAAAAGGUGAACCGGGUAGAAUGGGUGAAAAGGGAGACACCGGACCUAUGGGAGAACCUGGAUUAUCUGGACAAAUGGGUAUUAAAGGAGAAAAAGGCCUUAGGGGAAACCCAGGAGAAAGAGGUCGCGAUGGAAUGUAUGGUCCUACAGGACCUAUGGGACAGAAAGGAGAUAGAGGUUACGACGGUCUAGCUGGUCUUCCUGGCAGACCUGGAUUGAAAGGAGAACCUGGCAAAGAUGGAACACCUGGUUACCCAGGUUUAAAAGGUGUGCCUGGUCCUCCUGGUGGCCGAGCAGGAUCGCGUGGACCUCCUGGACCACAAGGACCGAGAGGUUACCCGGGACCCGCUGGUCCACCAGGAACAGAUGGUAGACCCGGAGACAGUGGACAACCAGGACCCAUGGGACAACGCGGUGGUCCAGGUGAACCUGGAACACCUGGUACUGAAGGUCCGACAGGUCCGAAAGGAGAGAAGGGAGAACCUGGUCUUAACGGUUUACCUGGAGAAAUUGGAGUAAAAGGUUACGAUGGACCUACCGGACCGCAAGGGCCUAGGGGACCAAAAGGAGAAGAUGGUAUUUCGAUACCUGGAGACAGAGGGAAUAAUGGCAUGCCAGGCCUCCCAGGCGACAAAGGUCAGAAGGGUGAAAGAGGAUAUCAAGGUUUACGAGGUGUUCCUGGAAAUUCCACUUUAGGUACACCUGGAAUGCCAGGUGAAAUGGGACCAGCAGGAGAAAAGGGUGAAAAGGGAAGUCCAGGCUAUGAUGGUGUGCCUGGUACCCCCGGCCCGAAAGGAGAUCUUGGUGGACGUUGUAAUGAAUGUUGGCCUGGUGCCCCUGGUGCAAAGGGGGAUCGUGGCGACGAUGGACUGACUGGACCACGCGGAGAACGUGGGCCGCAAGGCCCAGUUGGACUACGUGGCGAAAGGGGAUCUGAUGGUAUCAAUGGUCUGCCAGGAACGGCUGGUGCACCGGGUGAACGAGGCGAUGAGGGACCAAUGGGACCAGAAGGAGAAAGGGGAGCUGAUGCAAUUAUUCCAUCUAAUUUAGUAAAAGGACCUCCAGGAGAAAGAGGUGCACCGGGUGAAAAGGGUGUCAUGGGUCCUAAAGGUGAAAGAGGUAUCGAUGGCCCAACUGGAGAUCGUGGGCUCAAUGGUAUGCCCGGACAGAAAGGCGACAUGGGUAGAAUGGGACCACCUGGUUUAGAUGGUAUCCCUGGAUCUGAUGGUACACCUGGCACCCCGGGGGCAAAGGGAACUUCGCUAAAAGGCGAAAAAGGCGAAAUAGGUGAAGAAGGCGAGAAAGGUGAUAAAGGGUAUGAAGGAAGAUCCGGGCUUAAAGGUGAACCAGGACAGUGCCCUCUCGAAUUAAAAGAACGAACCAAAGGAGAUAAAGGAAAUCCUGGAGCACCUGGCCCUCAGGGGCCUAUAGGUAUGCCCGGUCAAAAAGGUGAACCAGGUCAAAUGGGUUUAACUGGAGAAAAGGGGCAAAAAGGUAUUACUGGACGAGCAGGACCAGUUGGCCCACGAGGCCCACCAGGCCCUAAAGGUGACAAAGGAGACCUAGGAGCAAUGGGAUUCCCAGGAACUGCAGGCGAAACAGGGCCAAGAGGUUUUCCAGGAAUACCUGGCUUCAAAGGUGAUAAAGGUGAAAUAGGACCAUCUAUGCCAGGACCCCCAGGGCCAGCUGGAUUAAAAGGCGAUAAAGGAAAUGCAGGACCUAGAGGUACACCUGGAAUUCCUGGCAAUGAUGGGCCUCCAGGACCUAUUGGUUUACAUGGAGAAAAAGGAGAUAUGGGCUUUGUUGGACAACGGGGCUUCUCCGGACCUCCAGGUCAAAAAGGAGAGCCUGGCCCAAUUGGUCCUCACGGAUUUUCGGGUUCACCUGGUUUACCUGGAAGAGACGGACCGAAAGGACAACAGGGUUAUCAAGGAAUACCCGGUAAGCCGGGAGUUAUUGGGUUACCUGGACCUAAGGGUGAACCGGGGGUGCAAGGACCAGAUGGUCCAAGGGGUUUCCCAGGCCCACGUGGAAAUCCAGGUUUAGCAGGACAGCCUGGGGUUGAUGGAAGCCAAGGUGAAAGGGGUGAAAAAGGCGAAAGAGGUUAUCCUGGACAGCCUGGGGAACGUGGUUUUGAUGGUCCUUUAGGACCAGCAGGCCUCCCUGGAUUAAAAGGGGACCAAGGCUAUCAAGGCCCACCUGGAAACCCUGGCAGAACCGGCCCUAUAGGAGAUAAAGGAAAUAUGGGUUUGCCAGGUCCAAGGGGACCAAAAGGAGAACCUGGAUUUGCAGGAGAAAAGGGUCAAAGAGGAGAACGUGGGUUCGAUGGCUUAAGAGGAUUAGAUGGUAUGCCUGGCAGGGAUGGCGAAAAGGGAGACAAAGGUGAAUACGGCCAACCAGGAUACGGGUUGCCCGGAGCUCCCGGUCCGAAGGGUGACGCAGGUCUACCCGGGUUCGAUGGUGCUAAAGGUGACAUGGGGCCCAAAGGUGAUAAAGGAAUGCAGGGACCAACUGGACCAAAAGGAGAAAGGGGGAUUAACGGAGAAGCUGGCCCACCGGGCACUCCUGGUUUAGAUGGUAUUCCGGGCGCAGCUGGCGAGAGGGGUCUGCCUGGAUUUGACGGUGAAAAAGGAGACCGAGGCGAUAGAGGUAUCCCUGGACGUGAUGGCUUAGAUGGAUUAAAAGGUGAUCGUGGAACACAGGGCGCUCCAGGUUUAACAGGGCCUGUAGGAUUCACUGGAGAUAAAGGAGAUCGGGGAUUACCUGGUCUAUCUAUAAAUAUUAAAGGAGAAAGAGGUGACAUCGGACCUCCUGGUAUACCAGGACUUCAAGGUGAAAAAGGUGAUAGGGGUGACGAAGGACUUCAAGGAUUACAAGGAGAAAAAGGGGAACGUGGCUAUGCUGGGGUUAAAGGAGAAAUGGGUCGAUAUGGCCAGAUCGGAAUGAAAGGUGAUAGAGGACCAUCUGGCCCUGCAGGACGGCCUGGUCUUACAAUUAAAGGCGAAAAGGGUUUACCUGGAUUACCAGGUAAGCAUGGUAGACCCGGAUUACCGGGUGCGCCUGGGGAAAAGGGAGACCAAGGCUUGACAGGCCUUCCAGGACAAACAGGACGGCCAGGAAUACCAGGAUCUCCUGGCAUGCAAGGAGAAAAAGGAGAUCAAGGACGUGAAGGAAUUGCAGGACCACCCGGUUUUGAUGGAAAUCCAGGAGCUCCAGGACAGCAGGGAGUAAUGGGCCUGAGAGGUGAAAAGGGUGACAAAGGAGCAACAGGUUUUGGUUUACCUGGAGCUAAAGGGGAACCAGGUCCUCCAGGUAUUAAUGGGCAGCAAGGGCAAAAGGGUGAUAAAGGAGAACGUGGUUUUGAUGGUCUUGUAGGACAACCCGGAGAAAAAGGUGAUCAAGGUGAGAAAGGAGAUCGAGGCUACCAAGGACGUAUAGGAUCACCAGGUUUAUUUGGCCAGAAAGGUGACAAAGGUGAAGCAGCUGCUAUCGUGUAUGGCGAUAAAGGAGAACGAGGACCUCAGGGUCCACCUGGCUUAGCUGGAAUUCCAGGGCGUGACGGUGCCCCAGGUGCUAAGGGCUUAGACGGUAGUCCGGGAAUGAAGGGUGAUGCAGGACUACCAGGACCCAUAGGUCCUCCCGGUCCUCCAGGACCUCGAGGAUUACAAGGCUUACAAGGUGAAAGAGGUGAUAUAGGACUUACUGGACGACAAGGCAUGCCUGGUACUCCAGGAGCACCCUGUACGAAUACAGAUUACCUGACAGGAAUUUUACUAGUUCGACACAGUCAAACUGAGAUUAUACCUCAAUGUGAACCCGGCCAUGUUAAGCUAUGGGAUGGAUAUUCUCUUCUGUACAUCGAUGGUGAUGAAAAAGCACAUAAUCAAGACUUGGGCUUUGCAGGUUCAUGUGUUAGACAAUUUAGCACCAUGCCCUUCUUGUUCUGUGAUCUUAACAAUGUGUGCCAUUAUGCCAGUCGCAAUGACCGGAGCUAUUGGUUAUCAACGAAUCAGCCUGUUCUCAUGAUGCCAGUAGAAGGUCAAGAAAUCGCUCCAUAUAUUUCGAGAUGUGUAGUCUGUGAAGUUCCAGCCAACGUUAUAGCGGUUCACAGUCAAACUCUAGAUAUUCCAAGUUGUCCACAAGGAUGGAAUUCAUUAUGGAUUGGAUACAGUUUUGUUAUGCAUAUUGGAGCUGGAGGACAAGGCGGCGGACAGGCAUUGGCUAGCCCUGGCUCGUGUCUUGAAGACUUCCGAGCAACACCGUUCAUCGAAUGUAACGGCGAAGGUGGGACCUGUCAUCACUUCACAAACGGACUUAGUUUCUGGCUUACAACGAUAGAUGACAACAAACAGUUUGCGAUGCCAGAACGCGAAACUCUGAAGUCUGGUAGACUCUUGCAACGAGUAUCUAGGUGUGCGGUGUGCAUAAAAAAUACAGACAGUUCUCGGCCGUACUAAUCGAUAAUAUUCAAUUCUUUUAAUAGAUAAAAUACUCCGAAUAUAAUUUAAGGUCGCAAUGGUUUUCUUCUCAUGUGUCCUCCAAAGUUACUUGUUUGAUUCCGGACAUAAAUCAUUUAAUUCAGCUGUAAAAUUACAUUAUUAUCUGAAACCUCAUUUUUGCAUAGUUUUUUUGCCAACUAUUAUAAUAAAGUAAAACAUAGUAUGCCUACCUACUUAACAUUUACCUAAGCAGCACUAUUUCGUGAGCUUUGUAAUAUAGAAUUUUAUGAGUAAGGAAAUAUAAUUAGUACAAACUAAUCAAAUUAUCGAAUUAAACCAAAAAUUUACUAGGAAAUCAUGAUUUCGAAGGUGUCCUACAUUUAUGGUGUACUUACCUAAUGAUUUUAGACUUAUUUCUUUGACGAAAUAAUACACACUGCCAUUUCCGAGUGCAGUGCGCCGCGCUGUUCUUUUUAGAACUUGGCUAACACACUAUUGUGUAUCUAGAUGUAAGUAUAAAAGUACGGAUGCAUAAUACCAGUGAAAUUAAUUAUUACCUACUCCUACUAAUUGUACUGAAGUGGAGAUUUAUCGACGUGACUCGACGAAUAAAUCAUCGUGAUGUGUACCUUAACGUAAUUUUAUACAUGAUUAAGAGCUAACCUACUUAGAUUUUUUAAAUAUUCACCAAAGCUAUAAACUAGGGUUCAAUAUACAGAUUACAGAGUGACCGGUAAAACGUCACAAUCUAGUUGAAGGGUUGUUUGUAGGGGGGGGUCAAAUGGCCCCUCUCUACUUAAAUAUCUUUGGGAGAAAAUGGUCCGUUUGAGUUAAGAUUGUUUUAUGUUUUUCAAACUAGGAAUUGUUUAUAUUACUUAUAAACUCACGGGUUUCGGAUUUUUUUCCUUUACUUGUGCUAUAAAACAUGCCUACCUAUGUCAACGGGAAGUUAUACCCAUAGAUAUGUAGUUAUACCCUAUAGGUUUUGACACCCUUGACAGACACGAUAGUAAGCGAAGUAAUCCUUUAUAGGUUCCUUUUUCUUGGAGAUACGGAAGCCGAAAAAUGGUCGAUUUUUACCGUAAGGUUUUAUGGGUCAUGAGAUAUUAUAUUUUGACCUCCCCUACAAUCCACACAAGAGAUGUAACGUUUUACCUGUCACCUGUAUAUAAGAAUAUUCAUGUAGGUAUAUUGAAAAACUCUAGAUUAUUUAAUUAUUUGUACAUUUAAGUACUUAUUUUGUUGUUUUAAACGAAUGAAAUAGGUACAAAACUACGUUUACGUUUGCUAGGCAUCGCUUAUUUCGUAUUUUCUCAUUAAAGUGAUUAAUUUGUACCUACCUAUCUAAGUCCUAAUGUAUUUUCACUAGUCACAACUUAUCUAAUGUCUCUAACAUUUUCCUUUUGUGCUAAGUU